GUGCUUAUUUGUGCCAUAAAAUAUCCAUCCUAACUGGCAGUUACUUGGGCAUUUAUACCUGCCGAUCUCCCGUUUUUGAACUGUGCUCACUAAAUGAAGGGGUUCUGGACUGGGAAGGCCCAUGCAUUCCUUCAGUUGGAUGGGGAACGGGGCCAGUGUCUCUGGCGAUCUCGAGGAGGGAAUGUUGACCAGGGAGCACCGUUGCGGCCGAUCACAGGAGCAGGAACCGGAGCCCGGGCUGAGACCGAAAACGGCCAGAUCCGGACGGUGGCUCCGGAACGGCUGGAAGUGGAAGAUGGAGGAGCCGGAGGAACCUGCGGACAGUAGGCAGUCGCUGCCCCCAGUUUACAUCUAUAGUCCCGAGUAUGUCAGCAUGUGCGACUCCCUGGCCAAAGUCCCCAAACGGGCUAGUAUGGUACAUUCUUUGAUUGAAGCAUAUGCCCUGCAUAAACAGAUGAGAAUAGUUAAGCCCAAAGUGGCCUCCAUGGAGGAGAUGGCGACCUUCCACACCGAUGCCUAUCUGCAGCAUCUCCAGAAGGUCAGCCAAGAAGGAGAUGACGAUCAUCCGGACUCCAUCGAAUAUGGGCUAGGUUAUGACUGCCCAGCCACUGAAGGGAUAUUUGACUAUGCAGCAGCUGUGGGAGGGGCUACAAUCACAGCUGCCCAAUGCCUGAUUGAUGGAAUGUGCAAAGUAGCAAUUAACUGGUCCGGAGGGUGGCAUCAUGCAAAGAAGUUUGAAAGUUUAAAAAUAAAGAGUUAGGAAAAAACUUCUUUUUAAAGCCUUUGAAAAUGUAUGGUGAGAUUCACCAACCAGUGCAGAUGAAUUGGAGAUCCAUAUGCAAAAAGAUGCAAGGAGACCCUUAUCUCACACAGAAAUGAUCUCAAAACGGAUCAGAGAACUAAGUGUAAGAGCUAACACUAUUAGAAGAAAAUAUAGGAGCAAAUCUUUGAGAACUUGGUAAGGCAACGAUUUUUGGAUGCCACAACAGAAACAUGAUCCCUACAACACAAAGAAUUGAUAAACUGGACUUUACCAACAGUAAAAAGUCGUACUUCAGAAGACACCAUUAUUGAAAUGAAAAUACAGUGGUAAACUGGGAGAAAAUAUUUGCAAAUUACAUACCCAGUACAGGUCUUGUAUCCAGAAUCUACAAAGAACUCUUACAAUUCAAUGAUAAAACAGAUAGCCCAAUUUAAAAAUGGGCAAAAAAUUUGAAUACACAUUUCACCAAAGAAAAUAUAUGAAUACUUAAUAAACACAUGAGAAGAUGCACAAUAUUGUUAAUCAUUAGGGAAAUGCAAAAUAGAAGCACUAGAAGGGCUGUCAUAAAAAAGGUAGACAGUAAAUUUUGGCCAGGAUGUUGAGGACAGGAACCCUCAUGCAUUGCAAGUAGGAAUGCAGACUGGUGCAGACACCUUUGGAGAGCAGUUUCUUUGGAAGUUAAACAUAAAUUUAUCAUAGUGAUUCACGCAAUGCCACCCCCAAUAGGAAUGCAAAACAUGUCUCCACAGAGACUUGCAUGAGAAUGUUCACAGCUGCUCUGUUCUGCUCUAUUCUACUUGGCUGUUCAUAAUCAGCAAGUGAGAACAAUCCACAUGUCCAUCACCUGGGGCAUGGGGAAACAAAACGUGGUCUAUCUAUAUCAUGGAAUCUAUUCAGGGAUUAAACAAGAGUGAAAUAUUGAAACAUACUGCAGCACGAAUGAACCUCGAGAACAUUAUGCUCAGCAGUCAUGCUCAUACAUAUCUACCCAAUUGAGUUGAAAACUUACAUCCACGUGGAAACCUGCACACAAAUGUGUAUAGCAGCUUUAUUCAUAAUUGCCAAAAUCUAAAAGCAACCAAGAUGUUCACGAGCAGGUUAGUGGAUACGCAAACUGUGUUACAUGCAUACAAUGGAGUAUUAUUCAGCAGUAAAAAAAAAAAAAAAAGCUAUCCUGUAUCGUCUAAUUGAAAUUAGCUAAGAUAGUAGAACUUAAAUAUUCUCACCCCCCCAAAAAAAAGAUAAAUAUGUGAUGGAUGUGUUAAUUAAUUAGAAUGGGGGCAGUCUUUUCACAGUGUAUACGUAUAGCAAAUCACCAUGAUGCAUGCUUUAAAUAUCUUGCAAUAUUAUAUGUCAGUUAUACCUCAGUAAAGCUGAAAAUUUUUAAAACGAGCUAUCAAGCAUGCAAAAGACAUGGAGAAAAUUUAAAUGCAUAUUGAUAAGUGAAAGAAGCCAAUCUGAAAGGGUUACAUCCUUUGUGAUUCGAACUACACGGUAAGAUAUCAACAUCUUGCAUUAAAUAAUUAAUUGGGGAGACUAUAUACAGGGGAGAGGGUAUAUGGGAACUCUGUUACAUCUGCUCCAUUUUUCUGUAAAAACUAAAACUGUUAAAAAAUAAGGAACUCUAUUCACAAAAAACCAUUAUGCUAAGUAAAAUAAGCCAGAUAGAAAAGGCUAUACAUUGUAUAAUUCCAUCUAUAUGAAGUAUCCAGAAAGGCAAAUCUGUAGAGACAGAAAGUAGAUUAGUGGUUGCUUGAGUCUGGGGGUGAAAACAGGGAUUAAGUGUAAACAGGAAUGAGGAAUCUUAUUAGAGGGAUGAAAAUGUUCUAAAUGUGUAUUAUGGUGAUGGUUGCCCAAUUCAGUAA